UCUAAAGAUUCCAUGUUUACUUACAUGUUUAUUAUGAAAGAACAAGACACGUUUAUCUGCUUUUGUCAUAAAAUGAAGAUUACAUUGCGAAUAAUUCUGUUAUCAUGGUCAUCUUCGAUCUCAAGGUCGGAAUCAGGAUAAUUUGUCAGUUUGGCGUUGUUACUGAAACGCGAAUAUCGUCUAUAACUUUGGAAUAAAACAAAUACGGCAAAGUGCUUGUCCAACUUCUAUACCGAGGUUUUCAAAUCUUCCGCACAGAUAAUAAAUAUAGUAAAAUGAGUAAAAUUACACCAGACCCAGCUAAAGCGGCUCUCCGUGACGAAAUAGCGGCAAAAAUCGCUACUCUUACCACAGAGGAGAAGAAACGACAGUCUGAGAUAGUUUACAAGAAGCUGAUUAACCAUCCAUUCUACAAGUCAGCAAACAGGAUAUCACUGUUCAUGAGCACUGAUCAGGAGAUCAACACAGCACCAAUAAUAGAUAAUAUUAGAUCUCGCGGCGCAGCUGCGUUCGUUCCACAAUAUGCUGGAGGACGGAUGAGGAUGCUGCGGAUGGAGUUAGGUGAUGAGGAGGUGAUGCCGCAGACCAGGCACGGGAUCCAGCAACAUUCAAAGGAGCAGGUUCGAGACGAUGCGUUGGAGUCAGGUGGUUUGGACCUAAUAAUAGCCCCAGGCGUCGCUUUCACGCGUUCAGGAGACCGACUCGGGCACGGCGGCGGUUAUUAUGAUAAAUUUAUUACUGGAUUACGUGCUGACCCAGCAACUGCACCUAAGGUGGUGGCAGUGGCCUUUGAUUGUCAGGUAGUGCCCGAACUACCCGUGGCCGAUCAUGAUCAGAAGGUGGAUGAUGUUGUUUUCGCUGACUAAUU